AUGGUGUAUAAAAAUUUAUUUAAUGAUUAUAUACAAGCAGAGUUGGGUGAAGAAUAUAAUGAAGAAGCAGCGGUACCAUCAUUCUCACACCAACACGUGUUCACAUUUUCUGCUGAAUUGGAUAGUACCGUACAAAAAAUAGUUGAUUUAUCAAUUGUUAUUGUUGCUAUAUCAAUGAAUACAGUCAUACUCGUCUCAAUAUUCAUGCGUAAGUUAUUGUAUACAUCAGUUGGUUGUUACAUCUUAAGUUUAAUACUUUCUAAUUUCGUAAACAUUUUGGAUCUCUUGAGAAAUAUUGUUGUAUAUUGGUGUAACUUAAAGUUUAAAACUGACCCUGAUUACAUUAAUCAAGUGACUUUUCGUAGCACUGUUUGUACAGUAACCCUGUUGACUGUCGAUCGCUACAUAGCAUUUUGCUGCAAAGAGACAGUGUGGCAUAAAAUAUUAUUAAAAGCAUCAACAGCUGCUAAAAGUGUCGUUAUAAUAUGGUCAUUUUGUUCAAUUACAACAAUAAUGGAGCUUCAUCUUUACGAUCAUUAUGUCAAACACACUGGAAUCAUUCUCUCCGUAUUCACAACUACUAUGUACUUAAUAACAACAACUUCGAUAAUUACUUUGUUGAUUGUAAUUAUUAUCGUGCAGCUUAAAGAAAAUAAACCUAUCCCUAAAAGCAUGUGGAGAACCGAGCAAUCUGACAGUCUUCGAUUACUAGUUGGAAUUAUUAUUGGGCUUUAUGUAACACUCGUUCCUGAUCGAAUAUUUACGAUACUCUAUCAUACAUCAUCAUUUUGCUGUUCAUUAUUCACCAAAAACUUCUGUUACUACCUCGCCAAAUCAUCAUCAAUCAUCUCUCCAAUUAUCUGGAUUGGAACGUCAAAGCUUCUUCGCCAAAGUAUUCAAGUAAUAUUCUAA